GGCCCCGCCUUCCACAUUGGGGAGCAAUCCAUGAGUGGCACACCUACCAAGAGGCAAUUUUGGUUGGCGUAUAAAGGGAGGGGGGACUGUGCGAUGGGGAGUCCAUUCUUCAGCACUUCUGCAGCCUUCAGAGACCCUCCCAACCCAUCUUCCAUCCCUCCCGAGUGAUAUUCGCCCUCAUACCUCCCCUUCCACACCCUCGAGUACUCAAGAUGCCACGAGCCAUUACUCGCAGCACCUCCCUUCCUAAUCUGGAUACCCGUGCCGUGCCAUCCAGUGACCUCCCGGCGUUCGACCCCCAAGCCUACAACUAUCAGGUUGUCUGUUGCCAAUGCCUUGAGGAAUUCGAAACGUCCGCGGAACUGCUAGAACACAUCGGGGCUCAACAUCGGAACAAGUUAAAUGAUCAAUUCGUAUGUCCUUGGCCUCCAUGUUCUAGAACGUUCAAUAACAAGGCUUGGACAAAUUGCAUGACCCACUUUAAGACACAUCCCCAAAUCAAGGACCUGGAGUGUCCAUAUGCCUGGGACCCAAUCAAAGCAAAACCCUGCACGUUCUUCACUAGUGAUCAUGGCUCCUACACACGCCACAAGAAGAAUGUACAUGGAUACAUACCACAAAAGACGGGGAGGGGGGCGACAAAGACACGGUCGGACAGGAUACAUAGCAAACCUUACGAUCGCCAGGACAAGUUUCGUCGAGCCUCCUCCGAAACGUCUAUCAUGUCAUCGUCCUCCCAGGACUCCUACGCAUCGUCAUCACAGGAAUCACAGUGGUCGUCCUCUCCAUAUCUGUUCGCAUCAGAAUCUUCAAGCCCGACUGGCCGUUCACCCAUGCUUUCUACAUCUUGUCUUCGCGACAACACACCUUUCGCCUGUACGCCUCUGAAUUUGACGUCUUCUCUUCCCUGCGUGCUCGAGUCCACACCAGCACAAGUACCAUUUCUCGACCAGCCUAUUGCUGUUGAUGAGUUCGACGACCUCAUCGAUGAGAAUCUGCGCUUCUUCGCAAAUGUCCAUGCACCCUCUGUGCCUAACCCUCCAGUCCUUGACGGCGCAUUCUCGCCCAUCCCAGUCCCCUCACAGCACUACCCCUUCUGAAGAAUCUAGAUGUUCCUCCCUUCUUAUGUGUUCUCUUUUCAGUUAACUCAUUCUUCCUCUGCGUCUACCAUCGGACAUUGCAUGCUCAUACUCAUUGCGGAUAUUGCAUCAGUUUAUUAUCUUUAUCUAUUGUAUUGGGUGUUCCUGCGGUUUCAUUUCUCACUAUUAGAGCUUUCGCUGAUGUUCUUGGGUCUCAUUAUUUGGAUUGUUUCGUCGAUGGAUGUAAGAUAACCAGUUAUCUAAAUAAUAUUAAUU